CCCCAAACGCGCAUUGGAUCAACCCCGGCUACUCCAAGUACUACCCCGGCACGGCCCCUACGCCGCACCCCUGUAGCAUCACCAGGGCCUACCCAGAGCCACCCCUGCUGAUCGCGCGGCGCAACGCAGCUGCUGCAGCUGCAGGAGAAACGACAUCAGGAGUCUCAGGCGGCGGUAGCAGUAGCGGUAACGGACCAAGGAGCCACCGCAAACGGCGGCGCAAUCAAAGAGAAGGUGACGAUGAAGAGGAAGAGGAGGNCGACCCCGCGGGGAGGAGGCACGGUCACCAUCCCGAGAGGGGAAAGGCCGAACCCUCUAACGGAGGAAGCAGAUCUGGCGCUGGCCGGUCGCAAGGCCAUGGUAGCAGGCGGGGAGUGCGUCAUUUGUCAGGGCUUGCUUCCAGACGAGGAAAGGGGUAUCCUCAGAUGCUUGAGUGCUGUUGCUGAACUAAAUAUUGCUGCUAUUGCUGAAUUUUUGCUUUUGUUGGUGGUGUUUUCUUGUUGUUCUGGUUCUUCUUCUUGCCUUAAGGUCAGGUCCAUCACCAAGACCCUCUCCCUGAGGGAGAUCGAACAGUUCAACGUUCGCAGCGCUCCUGUGAGUACAUUACCAUAG